AUGGCACCUCAAGUCCCCGACAAGCAGUGGGCUCAGGUCGUCGAGCAGAAGGGUGGACCGCCUGUUUACAAGGAGAUUCCCGUCCCCAAGCCUGGCCCCGAUGAGGUUCUCGUGCAGAUCAAGUACUCGGGUGUCUGCCAUACUGACCUGCACGCUAUGAAGGGUGACUGGCCUCUGCCUCUCAAGAUGCCUCUCGUCGGUGGCCAUGAAGGCGCCGGAAUCGUUGUCGCCAAAGGGGAGCUGGCUGAUGGGGUUGAGAUUGGUGAUCACGUUGGUAUCAAAUGGCUGAAUGGCUCGUGCCUCGCCUGCGAGUACUGCAAGACCGCCGAGGAGCAACUGUGCGCCGGUCAGCAGCUGUCAGGUUACACCGUCGACGGCACAUUCCAGCAAUAUGCGAUUGGCAAGGCGGCGCAUGUGACCAACUUGCCCAAGGACGUGUCUCUGGAUGGCAUUGCCCCGAUCCUGUGCGCUGGUGUCACGGUCUACAGGGGUCUGAAGGAGUCGGCCGCUCGUCCAGGACAGACAGUCGCUAUCGUAGGCGCCGGUGGUGGUCUUGGUGCCAUGGCUCAACAAUAUGCCAAGGCGAUGGGGUUGCGCGUCAUUGCCAUCGAUGGUGGUGACGAGAAGCGCGAGAUGUGCGAGAAGCUGGGGUCUGAGGCUUACAUUGACUUCACCAAAUCCAAGGACCUGAUUGCCGAUGUCAGGGCUGCUACUCCCGACAAUCUGGGUGCGCACGCCGUCCUUCUCCUCGCCGUUUCCGAGAAGCCCUUCCAACAGGCUGUGGAAUAUGCCCGUCCCCGUGGCAACAUCGUCGCGAUUGGUCUUCCCGCCCAUGCUUUCCUGAAAGCCCCUGUUUUUGAAAGCGUCACCAAGAUGAUCAACAUCAAGGGUAGCUAUGUGGGCAAUCGUCAGGAUGCCGCAGAAGCAGUUGACUUUUAUGCUCGCGGCCUGAUCAAGGCGCCCUUCAAGACUGUCCCUUUGAAGGACUUGCCCAAGGUUUUUGAAUUAAUGGAGCAAGGAAAGAUCGCCGGACGCUACGUUCUCCAAAUGCCAGAGUAG